AUGUGGUUAUUCGAUUGGUUUCAAGAUGUUUUAUCAUCGCUCGGUUUAUGGAACAAGCACGCCAAGUUGCUUUUCCUCGGUUUAGAUAACGCUGGUAAGACCACUCUUCUCCACAUGCUUAAGAAUGAUCGUCUCGCUACUUUGCAACCAACCUUGCAUCCAACUUCAGAAGAAUUGGCCAUUGGUUCCGUGAGAUUCACCACUUUCGAUUUGGGUGGACAUUUACAGGCUAGAAGAUUAUGGAAAGAUUACUUCCCAGAAGUCAACGGUAUUGUAUUUUUGAUCGAUGCUGCUGACCCUGAAAGAUUUGCCGAAUCUAAGGCCGAAUUGGAAUCUUUAUUCAAGAUUGAAGAAUUGAGCCAAGUUCCAUUUUUGAUUUUGGGUAACAAGAUCGAUGCCAACACUGCAGUUGGAGAAAUGGAAUUGAAGUCCGCAUUAGGCUUGUUCAGCACUACUGGUAAGGACGCAGGCAAGUUACCAGAGGGCCAAAGACCAAUCGAAGUCUUUAUGGUUUCCGUUGUGAUGAGAAUGGGUUACGGUGACGGAUUUAAGUGGUUAUCUCAAUAUAUUUAA